UUGACCUUCCUGUUCUGUCUAUAAAUUCGAUUGCCAAAUUCCAUCUUUAAUCAAACACUAUCCAAACAUCAUAAACUCGUUGCUUUUGUUCUAGUUCUUUCUCGUUCAGCUUCUUCGGAGGGAGUUGGCUUUUCUCCAUUUAGCAUGUCUCAGACCACAGUCCUCAAAGUUGCUAUGUCAUGUGAAGGAUGUGUUGGGGCAGUGAAAAGAGUUUUGGGAAAACUGGAUGGUGUAGAAUCAUAUGACAUUGAUUUGAAGGAACAGAAGGUGACCGUCAAAGGAAACGUGCUGCCGGAUACCGUUCUGCAGACAGUUUCAAAAACCGGGAAGAAGACCACCUUUUGGGAUGCCGAAGGAACCGCUGGCCAAGCCUAAACCAGCAGUUGUUUCCUGAGUCAUUGUUGCGAAUGUUAAUUGGGUAGUUCUUCAAACCAAAUACAAUUUGGUAGACCGUCAAUAAUUGUCCAACUUGUACAAUGAUGUAUUUUACAUCCAUGCUGUGAUCUAAAGGUGCUGUAUGUUUAUGUGAUUGCACUGUUCAUAUGGGAUGUUAUAUUUGUGUGCU